UAACCUCAGAGCUGUAAGAACGCUGCGGUUGAGUUGCUCCGCUUGCUCCUUCGAUAAAACCGUGACGGCCGUGGCACAAGGAAAAUCGGGUGGAAAAUAUUGUGGCUGAUCAUUAUGUGACGAGCAUUGUGCGUCGCAAACACUCACUUACCGUCACUACUACAGUGCUACCCUGUUCUUGCAGUCGACAGCAGUAAUAGUCUAUGAUUGCUGCAAAAGAACGGUAACUUAGGGCAAGCGGCGCUUACAUACUAGGCGCCCGCCGGCGUCUGCCCGACCAGCCGCAUAUCCCAGGAACGCCAGCAACCUCUUGAUAACAUGUCUACCAUAACGAACUUACCUUUCGAUCUUCUGCAACCUAUUCUCAUACAUUUACAUGAUCGAAGGCAUCUGAGUACAGCUGCACUAGUCAGCCGUGCAUUCAAUCACGCUGUGACGCCUCUUUUGUACAGAAGGCUCGAUUCACAAGUGAAACGAAAUACCCUUCACCAUCCUUCUGCAACCCUUCUCAAACGACCAGAAUUGGCACAGUAUGUCUGGCAUGUGACGGAGACAGGCGCGGUGCAACGCUUUCGACAAGUUAUUCCUCAUAUCACUGAAGAUAUUGUUGCAGCGCUUAGACUUUGCACAAAUAUCACGUCUGCAACUUGGGUAGACGACACGUUGACUCCAGAGGCGAAUUUUCUACCCAUACUGGACGUCUUGAUGACGUUACCCUUGCGGGAGCUCACGAUACGCACCCAGUAUGAUCCAGGAGAACGAGUUUGGUCCCGGCUCAAUACUAUCCAGGGCAUUCGUCGCUUGUCAGUGUGGUCUUUGGAGUGGGGCCCUCCGCGGGUACUUCAAGGAUGGGCUGAUCUACUAAGCUCCUCUCUAACGUACCUUGAACUCGGCCGUUGUGCAGGUGUUCCCGCAACUAUCCUCAUCUCUGUCUUUAUGAAACUUCCUCUUUUACAAGAGCUUUGUCUCAAGGGUGCUCCAAGCGCGGCCAUCCCGGCUAUAAUUGCUUGUCUUCCCAAUCUGAUAGCCCUCGACACGGAAUAUCUGGAUUCUGGAAAUUACCGCACGCCACUCACACCGUUACCUCGUUUGCAACGCCUAACAAUUCAAACAGGAUCAGUGGAUAUCGAUGGACCGCAGAAACUAUGGACAUGGAUGAGGAUAUUGCUUCCACACCAACAAACUUUAAAGUCAUUCACGCUAAAUGCAUUUGCAGUGCAUGGCCAAAUAACCAUUCCGCGCCCAUUCAUUGUAAAUCUUACUGGCAGACACGGGAAGUCCCUUCAAGAUUUUGCUGUGGGCGUUGCGCAGUUGACGUUAGAGACUGUAUCCUAUAUGUGCUCGACAUGCCCCCAGCUUACAACGCUCGAAUGCUCUGUGGCGAGUCCAGACGUGGACUCAAUCGCAAAAGCAAUCGAGGCGGGCCACAACCUUCGGACACUCUCGCUUCAUGUCUCUUGGAUCCCUCAUGGCAGCGUUGAUUUGCUUCCACAGUUUCAAAAGUACUCAGAACCCCGAACCAUGCUCGCGCCUUGAUGCUCCAGACACGCCUUCGCAGCAUUGGCAUAGGGGAUCAGUCCUACACAGUAGUCGAUAUUCUUAUCUGUCUUCUUCAGGGUCGGUGGGUUCGUCGGGAAUG